AUGGUUUCCGAUCAAAAAACUAUAUAUGAUACCUAUACUAAAUUCAAAAAGAAUUUAGUACUGGUUAUUGUUACUGGUUUAGGAUUUUUGGCUAAUUUCGAUGAUCUAAUUUAUGUUCCUGCAUUACCUUCUGCAGUUAAAGAUCUGUAUACAACAGACACAUUACGUUUAUUAACAGUGAGUGUAUAUAUACUUGGAAACUCUUUUGGUGGACUUAUUUGGGGAGUGUUAAGUGAUUGUUAUGGACGUAGAUCAAUUAUGUUACUUGGACUUUGUGGUUUUUUAUUAUCCGUAGGUGGUUCUUACUUUUCAUCAAAUAUAGGUAUAUUUUUAGUAUCACGUGCGUUACAAGGAGCUUUCAUCUGCGUAACACUAAUUAUUGGUCAAGCAACAAUUGCUGAUAUCUAUCCACCAAAUGAACGUGGACGAGCUAUCGCUUUUUUCUAUGCAUUUUAUUUUGCGGCGAUAUUAGUGGGCCCCGUCAUUGGUGGACCAUUGUCUUAUCAUUUUGGUUGGAGAUCUACAUUUAUUGUAGUCGCAAUUCUUGCAAUUGUUUUAUUUAUCCUUUAUGUCUUAUUCGUACCUGAAACACAUCAGUAUAUAAUUGUAUGCGAAUACCACAAAACAGGAACAAAACUACUUGAAUAUGACUUACUUGUAAAGCCAAAACUACAAAAUCCAUGUUUAACAUUGGCAUACUUAAAAGAGACAACAAUUCUACCAUAUGUCUUUGUUUUAGCAAUAGGAUAUAUGUCAAUGAAUGUUGCACAUAUUUUCUUUCCUAUUCAAUUAUUUAAAGCACCUUAUGACUACAAAUCAGACUUAAUCGGUAUAUUAUAUGUUCCAAUAUCAAUUGCAGCGUUUUCAGGUAGUAUUAUCGGUGGUAUUUCAUCUGAUUAUGCAGCAGUUAGGUAUACAGAAACAUUAAGAAUUGAUGAGGCACGUGUUGUACCAGCAUUGUUAUUUUCUAUUCUAACACCUAUUGGUCUAAUCAUGUACGGAUGGUCAUGUCAGUAUGGUGUCCGUGUAUCAUUAUCAAUCAUCGGAAUAAUCCUUUUUACUUUCGGUCAAACAGGUACUCGACCUGGUAUCUAUUCGUUCUAUACAAUUAAAUAUCAACAAUAUUCAGCUAAUAUUGUAGCAGCAAAUAAUUUUGUACAACUAUUGUUAACAUCUAUUAUGCUAACAUUUACAGCGAUAAUUGUCGAAUCGAUUGGUAACGGACUAUAUUUUACAACUAUAGCUUUGGCCAAUAUAUUAGCAACAAUCGUACCAGCGAUCAUUAUUUCAAGAAAAAUUAGAUUAUCAUCUCAUAUUUCCGAAAAGAUCCCUAGUCAAAGUACUCCACUAAUAAGUACUGAUGCUAGGCAAUAUGACAAAUAA